CGCCAAUUUGUGAUUGACAUUUGUCAUUGACAAAUUGCGAAGCAGAGAAACGAAAUGAAAGGUUCCGUGUAGCGUGAGGUUAACCUACAAUUAUUUAUUAGAUACCGUUCUUACUUUUACUUUACUAGCCUUGACUGGUUGUGACUGAAAGUACUAAAAUCUUAGAACACUUAUUUUAUCUGUGCUAUAAUGGCUGAAUCUCAGGAAAUUUUGCUUCAACAAAUUAAGGAACAGGGUGAUAUAGUAAGGAAGUUGAAAUCUGCGAAAGAAUCUGGCGAUAAGCAGAAGAAAGCGCAAAAAUGUAUUUACAAUCUUGAAGAUAUAGAUAAACAUUUGUCUCAGUUUAGUUACUUGAGUGGAUAUACUCCCACCCAAUUAGAUAUAGAGAUUUUAAAUAAAUUAGGUCAAGAUAUAGAUUUUCAAAAAUAUAAAUACAUAAAGAGGUGGUGGUACCAUAUGCGGAGUUUCAAUGAGUCAGAAAUAAAUCUUUUCCCUGUAUCUUGCUCUCCGAAUGCAUUUAAAAAUCUGCAAAUAGGCAAUGAUAAGUCCUAUGAUCAGCAGAUUCAAAUUGAAGUUAGUAAAUUGUUGGCUUUGAAAGCACAGCUUGGAACUGAAGAUGCAUCAACACAAAAGUUUGUUCUCAAAACCCCGAAAGGAACAAGAGAUUAUAAUCCACAACAAAUGAUGAUACGAAACAAUGUAUUACAAAAAAUUAUAACAGUGUUCAAAAACCACGGAGCUGAAUGUAUUGAUACACCAGUUUUUGAGUUAAAGGAAGUCCUUACAGGCAAAUAUGGUGAAGAUUCAAAAUUAAUCUAUGACUUAAAAGAUCAGGGCGGUGAAAUCCUUGCCUUGAGAUAUGAUUUGACUGUGCCUUUAGCCAGAUAUUUGGCAAUGAGCAAGAUCAACACUCUAAAGAGAUAUCACAUAGCUAAAGUGUAUAGGAGAGAUAAUCCAGCUAUGACAAGAGGCAGAUAUAGAGAGUUUUAUCAAUGUGAUUUUGAUAUUGCUGGUCAAUAUGAUUUGAUGGUGCCAGAUGUAGAAUGUCUCAAAGUGGUUACUGAGAUUUUAGAUGCCCUUGAUAUUGGAAAGUAUGUUCUGAAGGUCAACCAUAGGAGACUGCUUGAUGGAAUGUUUGAGGUUUGCGGUGUUCCUGUUGACAAAUUCCGUUCAACAUGUUCCACUGUUGAUAAAUUGGAUAAGUCACCAUGGGAAGAAGUUAGAACGGAAAUGAUAAAUGAGAAAGGCAUAACUCCGGAAGCUGCAGAUAGAAUAGGAGAAUAUGUACGAUUGAAUGGUGGUGCGGAGUUGGCUGAGAAAUUAUUAAAAGACGAGAAGUUGUCUAAAUCCAAAGCAGCAGUGGAAGGGUUAGAAGGUAUUAAGUUACUGCUGAAGUAUAGUGAAUUGAUGGGUAUAAAGGAAAAGAUUUCUUUUGACUUGAGUUUAGCGAGAGGAUUGGAUUACUACACUGGAGUUAUUUAUGAAGCAGUUUUGACACAACCAAUUAAAGUGGGCAACGAAGAGCUUGCAGUAGGAUCGAUAGCAGGGGGUGGCAGAUACGAUAACCUUGUUGGCAUGUUCGAUUCCAAGAACAAACAGGUGCCAUGUGUAGGUGUCAGUAUUGGUGUUGAACGAAUAUUCUCAAUAUUAGAAGCGAAGUUGGCAUCCGGUGAUAUAAAUGUGCGUACAAAUGAUAUAGAAGUUUACGUCGCCUCCGCACAGAAGAACUUCCUCGAGGAACGCAUGAAGAUUUGCGCUGAACUAUGGAAUGCGGGGAUUAAGACGGAACAAUCAUACAAGAAGAAUCCAAAAAUGUUGAAUCAAUUACAACACUGUGAGGAGAAUGGUAUACCUUUAGCAGUAGUACUUGGUGAGUCGGAGUUAAAACGAGGUGUUGUCAAAAUCAGGAACAUUACCACAAGAGAGGAACAAGAAGUGCCACGGGACAAUCUUAUAGAAGAACUAAGAACAAGAUUAAAUGAUUUAAAUGUUAAAGAGAUUAACGGUUCAGCGUGAAUAUAACAAAGCAUAUACAAAGAGGUGAUUUGAGAACUUACAAAACUUACUGCAGCCCAAAUU